GUUCCCUGGGAUCACAUCUCUUUUAUUCUGUCCUCAGCUGUGGAGCUGUGAUCUGUAAGGUGGUGGGAGCCGCAGGCGGGACUCAGGAGGCCCAGGAAACCAGAAAUGGACUCAGUGGCCUUUGAGGAUGUUAAUGUGGAGUUCACCAUGGAGGAGUGGGCUUUCCUGGAUCCGACCCAGAAGAAGUUAUACACAGAUGUGAUGUUGGAAACCUUCUGGAACCUGGCAUCAAUAGUGUGUAUUUCAGAAGAAAAAUGUGAAGACCAUGAUAGUGAAGAUCAGUAUAUAAAUCAUGGGAUGAAUCAUAGUCAUACAGUAGAGACACUCUGUACAAAGAAGGAUGGUAGUGAAUCCAGAAAAAACUUCAGCCAGAUUCCAAAUCAUAAUGAAAAGAAGGAAACUCCUACUGAAAUAAAACAACCUAAAUCCAGGUUGUGUAGGCAAAUCUUCAUGGGUUAUUUAUCCUUGAAUAACUACCUGAGCUCUCACAUUGGACCCAAACUACACCUGUGUCAAGAAUAUGAAGAAAACCCUUAUAAAUGUAAGGAACCUGAGGAAGCUUUCAAGCAUCACCAACAUAUUCGAAGACAUGAAGGCAGCCCCAGUGCAAAAGCUUUCCACUAUUCAACUUCCCAUAGAAAUCAUGAAAGGACACAUAUUGCUGGAAAACUAUAUGGGUGUGGGAAAGGCUUUAGUCGUCUCAUUUACUCUAAAGUUCACAAAAAUACUCAUAGUGGACAGGAACCAUAUCAAAGUAAGCAAUGUAGCAAUGCUUUCAGGUCUCCCAAGAACUCUGGAGAAAAUGAAAGAAGACACAGUGGAAAAAAGCCCUAUCAAUGUCAGAAAUCUGGAAAAGCUUUCAGUUCCACUUCUCUUAGAAAUCAUGAAAGUACACAUACUGGCAAGAAACCUUAUGAAUGUAAGCAAUGUGGCAAAGUCUUCAAUUGGCGCAGCUCUCUUAGAAAACAUAAAAUAAGACAUUUCGGAAAGCAGCCUCAUGAAUGUAAGGAAUGUGGUAAAACAUUUCUUUAUCCCUCUUUACUUAGAAUGCAUAAAAGAAUUCAUACUGGUGAAAAACUCUUUGAAUGUAAGCAAUGUGGUAAAAAUUUAUCUUGUCGAGCUUCCCUCCAACGUCAUGAAAGAAUUCAUAUUAAGGAAAAGCCCUAUAAAUGUCAGCAUUGUGGCAGAGCUUUCUCUGAUCUAGGUGCCCUGCAACGUCAUAAAAGCAUUCAUACUGGACAAAAACCCCAUAAAUGUCAGCAUUGUGAUAAAGUUUUAUCUAAUCGAACUUCCCUCCAUCUUCAUAAAAGCAUUCAUACUGGGGAAAAACCCUAUAAAUGUGAGCAUUGUGGUAGAGCUUUCUGUGAUCUAGAUGCCCUCCGACAUCAUAAAAGCACUCAUACUGGGCGAAAACUCUAUAAAUGUGAGCAUUGUGAUAAAGUUUUAUCUAAUCGAACUUCCCUCCGACGUCAUGAAAGCAUUCAUACUGGGGAAAAACCCUAUAAAUGUCAGCAUUGUGGCAAAGCUUUCUGUGAUCGAGGUGCCCUCCAUCGUCAUGAAAGAACUCAUACUGGGGUAAGACCCUAUGCAUGUAAGCAUUGUGGUAAAAGUUUUGAUUAUCCAUCUUCUCUCCAAGAUCAUGAAAUAAUUCAUAGUGGGGUAAAACCCUAUGAAUGUAAGCAUUGUGGAAAAGCCUUCAGUUAUCCACAGUCCCGUCGAAGGCAUGAAAGAACACACAUGGAAGAACACACUGGAAAUAGUGGGGUAAAACCCUAUGUAUGCAAGCAAUGUGGUAAGGCUUUCAGUCUUUCCAUGUAUCUUAGAAUUCAUGAAAGAAUUCAUACUGGGGAAAAACCCUAUGAAUGUAACCAUUGUGGUAAAGCUUUCUCUGAUCCAAGUUCCUUCAAACGUCAUAAAAGAACUCAUAAUAAGGAAAAACACUAUUAAUGUAAGCAAUGGGUGAAAUCCUUUAUUCAUCCCAGUUCCCUUCGAAUUCACAUAAACAUUUAUAGUGUAGACAAAUCACAAUGAACUAAUACUGAAAAUAAGCCCUAUUGUAAAGAUUGUAGAAAAGCCUUUGAGUAUUCUAGUUCUUUUUUUUUAUCCUCACUUGAGGAUAUUUUUCCAUUGAGAUAGUGGAAGUCAGAAAGACAGCAAUAUUGCUGUAAGAGAAACAUCAAUUAAUUGCUUCUUGCACACACCCAGACAUUAAGCACACAAAGUGGAGACAAGCUCUAUGAAUGUAAGGAAUGCAGUAAAGCUUUCAGUUUUCCCAAGUCUCUUAGAAAGCAUGGAAGAAAGAACACAUAGAGGGGAAAAACCUUAUGAAUGUAAGCAAUGUGAGAAAACUUUCAAUUGUCUCACACAUCUUGGAAGACAUAAAAGAAGUAAUAGAAAGAAGCCUCAUGAGAGGGGCCGGUCCCGGGUGUGGAGUUGUACUAGGAGGCACCAGGGUGGGGUGGGGUCCCUGACACACUGGCUUCGGCCUUAUUUUCCUGGGUCCCCACUGGGAUGGGCUGCUGGGUGGUGGCUGAGCAGGUGCCAGAUCCCAGGGAGGUACCCAGCCCAAAUGCAGUGCGCAUCUGCUCUGGUAACUGAGCGCUUCACCUGCCGUGCACCUGGCCUCACAGUCCUGGCUCUGUGUGCAUCCUGGGCGCCCAUCCGCUGGGCUCUGCUCUAUCCCACUGGGCACCUGGGGCGAAUCUGCUUUCUUUGAAGGUCCUCUGCCUUGGCUCAGAAGGCCUGUGGGACUUGGAGCGGCUGCAACAAUCAGGCCAGCCACCAGAAUCCUACGGGCAGACCUAUGGCUAUCAUCACAAGGAAACUGAAUGAAGAAACACAAAGGGAUGUUUUGAAUUUAGGCACACAUGUUAGGAAUGCAAGAAUUUUUGAGUCUCCUUUCUUAGAUGGAUUCAAAGCAGAUUACUGGAAUAUAGUGCCUUAUUUUACAAUGUACGGAGUGAUAGCAUAAUUGCAAAAAAUCUUAAGUAUAUUACAACAUAUUUAGGGGAAACAUAUUUGUACCUAGAAUUAACUGAGUUACCCUACUGUCAUGAAAUAAAAUAAGUGACCUUGAAAAAUGCCAAGUUGAGAGACAUUAAAGCACUAAUUUGGAUUAAUAAAUAGAAAUACUAAUGUGAUCUUAUCACUGAAUGAGCUCCAUCAGGCAAGACAUGAAACACAGUUCCAGCCCUACAAGAGCUUUGAUGGUAAACAGUUACCAUUGUUAAAUUAAUCGAGUAACUAAUGACCAAGCAAUUCCUAGUGAGACUAAAAAUUACUCAAUUUUUACCUGGAAGUAGAUUUGAGACUCAUAUUUAAAGACAAUUUGGCCCUAGCCAGUUUUUUGGCUCAGAGGAUAGAGUGUUGGCCUGGGGACGGAGGGUACAAGGUUUAAUUCCGUUCAUGGGCACAUGCCCAGGUUGCAGGCUCAAGUAGGGGGCUUGCAGGAGACAGCUGAUCAAUGAUUCUCAUCGUUGAUGUUUCUAUCUCUUUCUCCCUCUCCCUUCCUCUCUGAAAUCAAUAAAAAUAUAUUUUUAAACAGUAUAUCUUCUAGAG